UCUGAACAACUGCGCAUGCGUCCAGCCCCUUGGCGCAAAGCUCCAGCACCCGGCAGUUCGGCCGUCGCGCAAGCGUACUGGCGUCCUCCGACAGCACCACCGCCCCCACGUGCAGCCAUGGCCGCACCUGCGCUGGGUCUCAUCUCGGUCUUCUCAAGCCCGCAGGAGUUGGGGGCGUCGCUGGCGCAGCUGAUAGCGCAGCGGGCCGCGAGCUGCCUGGAAAGUAACCGUGGCCGCUUCGCGCUGGGCCUGUCAGGCGGCAGCCUGGUCUCCAUGUUGGCCCGAGACCUGCCCACCGCCGCCACUCCCGCCGGGCCCGACAGCUUUGCGCGCUGGACGCUCGGCUUCUGCGACGAGCGCCUCGUGCCCUUCGAGCACGCCGAGAGCACGUACGGCCUCUACCGGACACACCUGCUCUCAAAGCUACCCAUCCCAGACAGCCAAGUCCUCACUGUCAAUCCUGCCUUGCCUGUAGAGGAUGCUGCGGAGGACUAUGCCAGGAAACUGAGGCAGGCCUUCCAAGAAGAUACUGUCCCUGUGUUUGACCUCCUGAUCCUGGGAGUGGGCCCGGACGGCCACACCUGUUCGCUCUUCCCUGGUCAUCCCCUCCUACAGGAGCAAGAGAAGAUUGUGGCUCCCGUCAGUGACUCCCCAAAGCCACCACCGCAGAGGGUGACCCUGACACUUCCUGUGCUGAAUGCAGCCCAGAGUGUCAUUUUCGUAGCCACAGGGGAAGGCAAGGCAGCUGUGCUGAAGCGCAUCCUGGAGGACAAGGAUGGAACACUACCUGCCACCAUGGUGCAGCCACGCACGGGCACCCUCUGCUGGUUCUUGGACGAGGCGGCCGCAAGGCUGCUGUCUGUGCCCUUCGAGAAGCAUUCCACGCUGUAACGCGGGGUGGGCACGCGUGGCUGGCCCCUGGCCUCCACCCUGGGCUUUCUGGAAAAGCCUUCGGGGGUUUCGGGAGCGGGCCAACUGGGAAUUAAACAGAGCAUUCCUGGAA